ACGAUCUUUUUCGUUCACUCGCAAUCCUGUCCACUUGGAAAGAGUGAAGAGGAGGUGGUGCCGAUCUAGGGACGAAGAGGUUCUCGAAGCGACAGUUCUUGUUCGCAAUUGUUGGGCUCAUCUCUCACUCGACCAGAGCUCCCGGUGGUGAGUAGGGACGUCCUUCAAUUAGAUGAUUUAAAGGGAAUACAUGUCUCAUAAUUCCCUACUGCUGCAGAAGAAACCUAAUUCAUCUCCCAGUUGAGUGUCGGUCCUCAAAAUGCGGGGAUUUGUUCUGUUCCUGUUAGCCUUCUGCUUGGUGAUUGCUCCCAGUUGGGCUCAAGCCGACACCGAGGAUCAAGAUGAAACUGGGACCAACACCAUCGAACUGGCCGAACUGGUCGAAGCCGCUCCACGAAGGACCUUAUCUAGGUUCACCAUUGGACACGAGGACAACUCAAUGUGUUGGGACAGGCCAGGCAAAGAUGGCUUCUUCAGUGUGGUGGAUGCCCAUAAUCACUUCCGUCCAUUCGGAGGUCCCUCGGUGCCGUUUGAUAUGUAUUUAGACUGGAUGAGAACACAUGGUCUGGUAUUCACUACAGUGUUCGGCAUUGGUCAAAAGAUUGUCAAAACCAACCCUAGCGACCCCGAUUGUUGCUAUUACCUCCAUUGUCCCACCUUUAAUUACACGGUGGUGCCAGAUCCUAUCAACGAUAUCGAGAACGCCCGCGAGGUCAUGGAGUACAUGAAGAAAGAAGAUCGAGAAAUGCACAUGACACUAUCAUAUACCUCACCCAAUUUGCAAAGGCCCGACAAUAUUACAUCCAUCAUGACCGCCUUGGAGCAAGAAUUCCCGGAUAUGUUCCAAUGGGCUGGAGAAAUCAACGUGUACAAGCACGCAUUGGCGGGAAAUGGAUUCUUCAACCAACCCCGAGUCACGGAACAGCAUGUUGACAGCGGAGUCUUGGAUCCGUUCUUCAAACAGAUGGAGGAAAAGCAGUGGCCUGUGACGUUGCAUUGCGAUCUGGGCUGUGAUAACUAUGACUCGAUUCCAUUGGUUCCACCAAAUCCUCUUCGAGGCUGUGAGGUUCCCGAUAUGGACGUGCGUCGCGCCAUGAACUCGGCCACCUGGUGGCAGGAGUUCUUAGGAAUGCAUUACUCGGCCUUUUUCGAAGAACGAAGUGGUCGUCCCAAACGCAAUUUCAGGAAGAUCCAACACGUUAAGGUGUGGGACAUUCUUCUUUCGCGCUACCCGGAUGCAAAGAUGGUCUGGGCUCAUAUGGGGCUCUCCAAGGAACUGAAGCGCCUCCAUCCUCUCGUCCACAUCCACAUUCUGAGGACUCUGUUUGACAAGCAUCCCAAUCUCUACACCGACGUCUCCUGGGACGUUCUGGCCAAACAAUUGCUCAUGAACUUCAACAAUGAACCGAUUGACCGCCUCUCUCACUACAACCAUGAAGACUUUGAAGCAGAUGCCGCGGCAUUCUUAUUCAAUCACACUCGCGUCAACGAGAUCCGAUCCAAGCUUCAUGAGAUUUUCGAGUCCAGAAAAGAAGCCCUCUAUGCCACCGGGAGUGGAAACGUCAUCUUGGGACCCACUCACGCCAUGGCGAUGUACCUGGAUCUGUUCCAAACCUACAACGACCGGUUCAUCACAGGCACCGACUUCGUCGCUUCAUACGGCCGUCCCGAAGAAUACCCUGGCCUCAAGGCCUUCAAAUUCCCAGCAUCUGGCUGCAUGAAAAACGAGGUUAGCCACGCUCGUCAACUCACGGACACUAGCUCAAUAAACAUGUUCUUGGACAACGAAUCCUUCCAAAAGAUUGUUCUUGGCGAGAACUACUUCAAGCUCAUCGGCAUCGACGACACCUAUGCGCCUCCUCCAAUCUGUGGCGACGAGCCUGAAGAAGGCGAAGGAUUGAGCACAGGAGUGCUCAUCGCUAUCAUCCUGAUCUCCCUCAUUUUGGUCCUCCUCCUCCUGGCUGUGGCGGUCUUCAUCUUCAAGAAGGCCAGGGAAUAAUAAUAAGAAGAAGACUUAUCUGCCCAUGCCACAAAAGGUGCUCGUUGUACAACUUUUCAUUAAUUAUACAGUACUAUGCGCUCUGUAAAUACUUUUAACAGAAACAGUAUCUUUGGAAAAUAUACACAAGUUAUUGCGUGA